AUGUCUACUUCCAAAGUAGUGAAAUAUGUAGGGAGAACUACAGACUUCAAAGGCAAAACAUUAUGGGAAAUUGUGGGAUGUCUAAAAAAUUUUGGAGUUGGUAGAAUUAUAGUUCGAUCUGUAUUUGAACGGUACCCUGAGCCAAGUUUUAUGAAGAUAGUAAAAGUAGAAACUUGCCCUGAUGAGGAAAGGCGUCGUGUACGUGUGUGGGUCGAAAAAACUUUCAGAGGAAGGAAACUUGAUAAGCUGACAGAAAUCUAUCGUACCUCAUACAAGCCUGACUACAAGCUUAUACCAAAACAUGAAGAGGCUAAAUUGUUUGCAGCAGUGAAAGAAGAACACUAUUUCCCAGAUGUUAUUUUACCUAGAACCAUUGAAAUGCCACCUUUAAUGAAGAAAUUUAUUGUUAAAGACCAUGAAAAGAAAGGAAUGGAGAUAUUGAAUGAGUAUAUUAUGCCCCUUAGUUAUAACCACAGUCCUAACAGAGUGCAAAGGAUUGCAAAAGAAGGUGAAAAGCCGACUAUUCAGUUCACCAUGGGUCUUGGAAAACCUGCAAGUCCUGCCUUGUAUGAAGGUGUUCCUCUAAAUUAA